CUGCACACUUCAGACUUUGAUCUUCACAAAAACAUAUUUUACGACAUCACUCAAUACUUCACUCUACAAUUUUGUCUUAUGCAAAAUUAUUUUAAAAUACUCAAACCUUUGCAACAUUAUCCUUAUGACAUCCCUAAAGUCUUAAAAAUUGACAUCAUUAUCCCUCAAAACUUUAAACUUUACAACAUUCUCCUACCCAACACUAUCCCUUAAGACUAACAUUUACAACAUCAUCCUUGCUUUGAAAGGAAUUUGAAAAUGUUCCUGUGAGGGACCGGCGUGGUCGCCCCACGUAUCUGGGAUACGGCCAACUGGAUAUUGAGAGUGUGGGCAAAAAUGAGGGCAAUGGUCUCAGGACUAAGAAAAGUGAAGUUUUAUUCUCUCCAAAACAUUCACAAAAAAAUAGAGCAACGUUCCAAAAGAAAAGGAAAUGACUGCAUCAGUCAGCAAACAUAAACUAAGAUAACAUAACAUAGCAUAACAUAGCCUAACCAAAACAUACGUCUCCCGUACUGGCCUCACGUCAAGCCAGCACCACCUUCAGCCCCAAAACACCAAAUGAGGCAGCCCUUAAAUAGGGAAAUGAAGUGGACCAAUCAAGGCCGCACGGGCCAGACCAUUAGUUGGGGGAACAUUCUUUACCUAAAGCUACCAAUGCUACGUGACUGAACAGAAAGUACAUUGUGUGAAUACUAAAUAAACAUCACACUAAAUAAACAAUCACCAAAUACAUAUAUACCCACCCCUUGUGCACAACCUAUAGAUAUUUACAAAACAGCUGUUUUUAUCAACACCCCCUGGGCUAUUCCCUGAUACCCUGAUCUUAAACUCCCUUACCAUACUGCCCCCUACCGGGACGGAAGACCAAUUUUACACCAGCCCAAUAUAAUAUAUACACAAUAUAAUAAUAAUAAUAAUAAUAAUAAUUUCUCUAAUGCGAGACAGUGAGAAGGGGGCGGAUUUCACCUUCUCACAGUUCCUUUCUAAACGUGGUUAGUGGAUUGUUGGUGUAUUCUAAAUGUACAGUGUUCUGUUGCUGUGUACAACGUUCUGAAAUGUGUGUUCACCAUCAGUGUGUCCAUCGUGACCUCGCUGCCAGGAACGUGUUGAUCUGCGAGGGCAAACUGGUGAAGAUCUGUGACUUCGGGCUGGCCCGAGACAUCAUGCAUGACUCCAACUACAUAUCUAAAGGAAGCACCUUUCUGCCCCUAAAGUGGAUGGCGCCAGAGAGCAUUUUCCACAACCUGUACACAACCCUGAGUGACGUGUGGUCUUAUGGGAUCCUCCUCUGGGAGAUCUUCACUCUAGGAGGAACGCCGUACCCAGACCUGCCCAUGAACGAGCUGUUCUACAGCGCACUGAAGAGAGGGUACCGCAUGAGCAAGCCAGCCCACGCCACCGACCUAGUUUAUGAAAUCAUGGGGAAGUGCUGGGACGAGAAGUACGAGAAGAGACCCGACUUCUCCUUUCUGGUUCACACCAUGGGCAGCAUGCUCACAGACUGCUAUAAACAGAGGUACAACCAGGUCUCAGACGCCUUCCUGAAGAGCGAGCACCCGGCGGUGGUCCGCACCAAGCCCCGCACCUCCCCCCCCUUCCCCGCUGCCAGCCCCCCCUUUACCUGA